CCUGAACCCUUCCAGUGGUCCCAGGAGGCCAAGUGAUUGCAGAUAGCCACACAUCCAAACAGCCUGAAUAGCAUCCACUAGCUGGUGCUCUCCUUCUCUAUGCUCUAGAUCAGAAUUGGAGGGCUUCUGUGCAGCACCAGGAUGCCCGGCAGCAUCCACAUCUCAGCCAUUAAACCACCAGUCACCGCUCCGCUGUUCUUGCAAGUCGUUGUGGGCAAAAGAGAAUACCGUGGAAGCAUAGGACAAGAUGGUUUCUCUUUUCCAGUUACAUCACUCCGUGACAGCACGGUAAUGAUGCUGCGGAAUGCUGACGAAGAAUUGAUAUCAAAAACAGAAGUAAAGACAAAGGAAAUUGUUGAGUUAGGAACUAUGGAUGUUGUUUUUACACUUGAUAGUGGAGGGAAAAUUAUUAUCCAGUUGCAAUUCUUGCUCAGUGCUGAAGAUCGCAAACGCGUCCAAGAAAUGAGGAACUUUGCAAUGAAAAGGAAACAGCAAGAGCUGCUUGGGAAUGGUCUUUAUUUUCAAGACAGCCAGUUGUCUAAGGAGCAGACUGAAAAGAUCUCCGACAUCCCAAGCAAAGGAGAUCAACUUACGCUUUGGAAGAGUCUGUUGCUAGAUGACUUGAAAGAGAGCGCUGUCUUCUCUGAAAUAAGAGUUGAUUCCCGCAUGAAGGCUUCAAAGGACCUGCUACUGCCAAGUGUUGGAAGCACUUCAAAGCUUGAAGGACCCAUCAUCGGCUCCAAGAAAGGGCAUGGUGAACCAGAGAGUAGAGCAAGUAGUGCAGUGAAGAAGAUGAUAAGUGCCUUCGAAAGCAGCCCUCCACAGAGUCUGCCUUCGAUUACAAGGAUCAAAUCAGAAAGCUCAUUGGAAGUGAUGUCAGUUUCUUCAGAGACUGGUACCAAUUCUUCAGACAAGCCUUCUACUCCUGGCGCACCAGCGAAUGCUUCCGACCGUACGCAGACAGGCCUUGUGGCCGAGACAUCGGGCAAAGUGACCCUUCGUUCUGGUGAUAAGGAUUCCAGUUCGAGGUCAGGAAGGCAAGUUAUGUUUGGCAAUAAGAAAUCAAAUGCAUCUAGACAGAUCAAUCUAUCAAAUACAUAUGAAAGCAGAAGACGAAGCUCCAGUAGGCGCGAUGAACCAGCUAAGAAGAGCAUGGGAGAAGCUGACCUGAUCCGUUCCAAGAAGCGGUCUGAAGACAAGCACCGUCGCUCCAUUGGUCCCUACUCGCCUGAGCAGACUAACAGUUUGGUUGCAACAUCUAGCAUCACCUGGAUCCACCCACAUGUUUGUAUCACCACCGCGAGCCGACAGCUCAAAGAUCUUGUUGAGCUUGAGCGCCUGGACCCAAUGAAGUACGUAGAACAGAAUGUCCAGGAAGACACUGACGAGUGCACGAGCAUCGAUGAGGUGAGGCACGUGGCUGACUCUGCGCAACGGAGUGGUGGGUUUCCAGUGUUGAAUGGGUGGAUGAUUAACCAGGGGGUGCGUGUGGUCAUUGUGAUCAUAGCCUGCGGUGCUGUGUUCCUCAACAACAGGUGAAGUCAGAGGACUUGCAAUAUCGAUUAGAGGUUAUUGUCGCUCAGACUGUCAAUGAUUUGGAAGCGUCUUCAUGAUACCGAGCUCCCACACAGGAAUGUGUGGGAGGACAGGGCACACGAGUAUCCAGGAUUUUGUGUGAUGUUUUUUCAGAAAUGAUUAUUUAUUCGCUCUCGCGUUCUUGUGGAUGUUGUUGGCAUAUAUACACGUGAGAUUACAGGUAUGUAAAAUGACAAAAGAUCUGAUGAAAACCAUCCUUACAUAUGUUGGAGGUGUGAUAUUGUACAAAUUUGCAAAAUUAACGGAUGCCUCACAGAAGGCAGAUUGGCUUUAUUUUUAA